UUAAGGAUGUCAUAAGUGAAUUUGGUCAAUUUAUUUCAAAAGAAAUUAUUUUGGGUGGAUGAGCAUAUGUUAUUGCAAGAGAAAAUUCUGAAGAAAAUGCUGAUGAAUAUUCUUCAAAUAUAGGUAUUCAGUCAUUAAAUAUGAAAUGUGAAAAAAAAUAUUCAAAAUCUUCAAAUACAAACUAUUCUUCUAAAUUUAAAAGUUUUAAAUUAUUUGGAGGAAAAGAAGCUUGUUCCAACAACUUUAAUGAAACAGAUUGGGUUGAAUCUUUAAAAGAUUUUAAAUAUUGGAGUUGUAUAAAUUUUAAAGAACCAGUUAAUAUUUUUCAACUUUUACCUGAAGAUUUACGUAAACAAAUCUUAUCUUUGACCGGAAAAAAAAUACUUUUUACAAGUGUUGAAGACUAUUCUUAUAAGUUGCUCGAAUCUGGAAGUCAGUUGAUAAACAUACCAGAAAAAUUUUUAGAAAUUCUUCAAUGUAAAGAUUCUGAUUGUAACAUCUUUGCUACAGUUGUUGAUAAAAAUGAAAAAGAUAUUUUUAAUUGUCAGGUUGUUUGGCCACCAAAUGAAGAUCCAAAACUUUUAAUUCAUUGUAUUCAAAAAAAAUUUAGAAAGCAUGAAUGUAAAUUGAAUAUCAGGUGGAUGAUCAUAGGUUAUGAUAUAAAUUUUAAUUUUAAUAAUUCAGAAUUUAAUUUUAAAUUGAAAGUUCUAAGAAAUAUUUUUAAUGCAUCAAAUCAUCAAACUAUAGUUAUACCAUUAGAGUUGGAAUAUAAUCCAUCAGUUCUUUGUUUUGGAAUUCCAGUAUUAAGUAAGUUGGAUUCUCCAAAUAAUAAUUAUCAAGUUAUUGGACAUUAUUUUUAUAAUGAUGAAAAAAAUAAGAUUGGAUCAUAUAUAUUUUCUUAUUGUUUGGAAAAUAACCAUUUUAUUAGCUUACCUAAUUUUACAUUUUAUACACUUAUUAUCUCAAACUAUCUUAAUUCUGAUAAUUGUGGAAUCUUACCCUUCCAACACAUGAGUAAGAUAAGUAAAAUGCUUGAUCUUAUUAAACUUAAAAACAAAUCAUUAAAAUUACAUCCAAAUUUUGUUAGUUUAUAUUCCAUAGGAGAAAAUAAAUAUCAUGGUCCAAUUUUCCUGAAACAAAAAAUUAGUGGAAUUAAAAUUAAAUACAUUGAUAUUAAAUGUAAUCAAGAAUUUAGAAUUGUGAAAUUAAUGAAUUCUUUCUAUAUGGAAAAUGGUGUCUGGAAUUUAUCCAUAGAAUGUCCUGAAAAAAAAAGUGGUCAUCUGAUAUAUCCAUAAUUUGAUAAUGGUGUAAUUAGCCGAAAUAUCCAACCAGGAGCGCAAGAAACGCCAAUACACAUAUAAUUUUCCAGGAGACCAAAGCGAACCAGCAAGACAAGGAGGCAACAUCAAAAUACGAUUUCCUAUAAUGUUCAAACGCGGAGUGAUCAUUUAAUGUUGGGCAGAAUUAAAUUUAACGAAAAAUCAGGGGAAAAAAAAAAGAAUUUGUUAAAUAAAUCAAAAUUGACAUUUAAAAUUAACUUUGACGCUUUAAGUAAACUUGCAGAACAGACAAAAUUACACUUAUUGCAUAUUUUUUUAAAAAUUAUAUUUAUUAAAUUUUUUUUUUACAUAACUUUUUAAUAAAGUCACGUGAUACG